AUGCCCUCAAGUAAACUGAAUUCGACUGCAAAAUGUGUUAAGAAAGGAAAUACACACUUAAAUGGUCUAGAUUUGGCUAUAAAACGUAUUAAAAACGAAGAUGGUCCAGCUAAAAAGGUAAGGUCUGUGUUGGCUUGUCAGACAUGCCGUAAGAAACAUCUGAAAUGCCCAGGAGGUGAGCCCUGUGAUCGGUGCCGUACAAGUGGAGCAACCUGUGAGUACGUAGAGCCUUCAAAGAAAAUUGUAGUGUCGGUAAAGUAUUUAUCCGAAUUGCAAGAUGCUGUUCAAGAAUUAAAACGAGAGAAUGAGAGAUUGAAAGCAAAGAAAAGUAUCAGUCUACCUUUACUAGAUUCAGAAGAACAUAAGAGACAUUCAGAUGCAGCACUAUCGUAUGCAGAGGAUGAGGAUGAAACUGGUGAUGUGGGGGACUCUUCGGACGAUGAAAUAGCCUCUACGUUUGCCCCAAGAACAGGAAGAAUCGUUGAAUUGUCGUUAGGACAAGCAUUGUUCAUUGGAUCAUCAUCAAUGACUUUGUUUGGGUUAGAGAUUCAAUCUUUGAUUUCGACUUAUGUGACAAAUAAACAGUUCAAACCUAUGCCCAUGUUGAAGAGAGAUAUUAUAACUUUGAGACCAUCAACUCUAUAUAGAGCAAUAAGUGGGACUCCUAAUAGUGUGAAACAAAUUAGAAAACUAGGACCUUUACAUUAUAAAGUUACUUUUAACUCCUCAGAAUUCUAUCAUGCACCUCCAUCUUUAGAUUUGACUAUGCCAAGUUACCCAUAUGCGAUAGUGCUUAUUGAUAAAUUUAUUUCUUAUAAUGGUGGAUGCUUCUAUUUCUUCAACGAAGGAUUGGUCCGUCAUGGGAUAGAAAUUGUUUACUCAGGGAAAACCAAUAGAAAACUUUAUAAUAAUGCCACUUUACAAUUAAUUUGGCAUUGUAAAGUAUUUUUAAUCUUCGCCAUUGGGGAAGUCUACCACCGCAUCGGACAAGAAACACCCAAAGAUACAGAAGACGCAAUGUUACCAGGUGCCAGAUGGUUCCUUCAAGCGUCAAAGAUCUUUAAUGUUGUCUUUUCAGGGGAACAUUUACAAUUAUUGACUAAAGAAGGUGGUAUUGAGAUUCUCCUCCUAUAUGCAUUUUAUUUACAAGUAGCUGAUAACACCGUACUAGCAUAUUUUUAUUUUGGGCAAGCUCUAAGAACAUGUUUGGUAAUUGGGAUGCAUGUAGAUUCACAAAGUGACACUUUAUCAAGGUUUCAAGUAGAGCAUCAACGUCGACUGUGGUGGACUGUCUAUAUGUUUGAACGUAUGCUAAGCAGCAAAGCUGGUUUACCAUUAAGUUUCACAGACUAUUCCAUAUCAACAGAAUUGCCGGCAGAUUUCGAUACAUCGAAACCUCCAAAACAAUAUCGUUAUUAUACUUUCCCUGAGGCUGAAUGUUUAUCAAAUUGUGUUAAAAUUGUACAAAUUAACGGGUAUAUACUGGGACAGCUGUAUCAACGACAACCAAAGGAUAAUGUACUGCCAAUUCUACGUAAUAUCAUUAAACAAUUAUUUCAAUGGAAGGCAAACCUGUCUGAACGAUGUCAAGUAGACUUCUCUGACACAAAAUUAAAGAUAACAAGACAAUUAACAAAUUUAUUUACAGAAUAUUUCCAAGGGAUUAAUUUAGCAAUAAGACCUUUAUUAUUCCAUUUCGUAUCAAUUCAAUUAAAAACGUUUAAGGACAACAAUACAUACUUGAACCUACAAGAUUAUUCAGAUUCUACAACAAUGCUUUUAAAUUGUUCGUUACAGGCCUCUGUAAACACUAUCAGAUCAUUCUGGGAGUUAAUGGUACCUGAUGUCAUAGCUAUGUUUGGUUAUAUGGAUCGUGAAUACUUAUUUACAUCCUCGUGUACUUUGUUACUAUUUACCACAACGUUUGGUAUUCAUGAACAAACGUACGAACAUUUAGAUCAUGCAUUAACCAUGUUUAACAAGAUGAUCAGUUUAGGCAACAACGCAGCUGAAUUGAGAAGAGCUCAAUUGCUGACAUUAAUGAUUAAUUUGGAUUUCCAUAACCUCUUAAAAGGGUUAAUUUUAAAACAUACCGAUAUUGACACAUCAACUUCACCGGAGACUACUAUCAACGACCCUAAAGAGACUACAACGCCUAUAACAGACACUCCAGUUCAUGAUAACACUACUUCGCUUUCAUCUGCAACUGCUACCACUACUGCCACUACAGUUGCAUCUCCUGAUAUUUUAAAUCAUGAACCUAUGUCUACGCUUGAUGAUUUAAUAAAUGCAUCGAUUGCUCAGUCAUAUAAUGCACCACUGACUAUACAAGGUUCACGUAUCAUUGAAACAAAUACGAAUCAAUUGGAUCCAAUGACAGCUAUUAAUAUGGACGAUGUCGAACAUCUAUUAGAUGAUAUGUUGAAAUCCAACCAGACAGACAAUAAGUUAUGGAAAGAUAUUACUGAUCAAGCUAUGUGGUUAGGUAAUACGUUGGAACAACAGGGGCCAAACUCUAUGGACCAAGAUCUAGGGACAUUUCCAUUAGAAGAGUAA